AUGGGAGGACUUAUUAUAGGCAGCAUGGCCGUUUGGGUGUUUGGCUACGGUUCACUAGUAUGGCGACCGGGUUUCGCAUUCUCUGCGCGGGUGCCGGGACACAUUCGCGGCUACCGACGCGUCUUCUACCAAGGCAACACGGACCACAGAGGCACGCCGGAGAAGCCGGGGAGGACAGUGACGCUGGUAGAGGAGCAAGACGCCGUUACUUAUGGCGUUGCGUAUCGCCUCGCAGGGAAGGAGCAAGAGCAGCACGAGAUUCUCCAGUAUCUGAGGCACCGGGAGAAGGAGUAUGACCAGCAGGUCGACAUUGACUUCCAUGCGGUCAGCCAUGCCCAUGGGGUGCACUGUGUGGGGUGCAGGGUCGGAUGCGGGGAGCCAUCAGGCGGCCACCCUCCUGUCAUUCAAGUCCUGGUCUUCAUUGCCUCGGACAACCCGGUCUCCAACCCCUACUAUCUCGGCCCAGCUCCCCUUGAAGACAUGGCAUGGCAGAUAGCAACAGCGCGGGGGCCGUCGGGACCCAAUGCAGAGUACCUGUUGAACCUACACAAGGCGCUCAGCGACCUGGGUACGUGCGUGUGUGCUCUUCACCCGUGCUGGCUCUGCACGGCCUUUCAGGGUUAA